UCUUCCUGGUUUUGUUGCUUCACUUUUUCCUCUCUGGAGUUUGUUUUUCUCUUCCAGCUGCUGAUCGCUCUGAUCGAUCUGAUCGACCUGAUCGAUGUGAUCGAUGUGAUCGAUCGUGUGACUCAUCAUGGUGAAGAUCUGAGCUCCGGAGCUUUCAGCUGUGAUCUUCCUCCGUGUUUGUGAACUAUCAGCGACUGUUGUGUGUGUUAGCAGAGUGCUAACCCUAGCAGCUCAUUAUCCGGGAUGUGGGCCGCCUGCUGUAACUGGUUCUGUGUGGACUCGGUUGACGUUGACGAGUCCGGCGGUGAGCGACGUCAUCAGUCGUAUACAAACUCAGCGUUCAGCAACCAACCGUCACCUGAGCACACCUGUAAGGCCUGCAGGGGGCGCCUGGACCCCCCCGCCAAGAAGCAUGUGUGCGUGGACUGUAAGAAGAACUACUGCAGCCGCUGCUCCGCCCAGCUGGAGCCCCGCCCCCGCCUCUGCCACACCUGUCAGCGUUUCCACGGCAACCUGCUGGAGCGGGCGGAGCUGAUGAAGCUGAAGGUGAAGGAGCUCAGGGACUACCUGCACCUGCACGAGGUCUCCACCCACCUGUGCCGAGAGAAGGAGGAGCUGGUGGAGCUGGUCCUCGGUCAGCAGUCCUCCCCGUCCGGCAGCUCCGCCCCCGAGACCCUGGCCUCAGACCCCCCCUCUGGGACACCUGACCCCCCCGACGUCUCCAUCAGCCCUGAACCCCUCCAACCCACCCAAACCCCCGACCCCCCCGACCUACCGCCUGAAGCACCAAGCCCCCCACCCACAGAGUCCACCUCCACCGAGCCAGACCUGCAGGAUGAAGACCAGACCUGGGACCCUGAGGAGGUCCCGGUCUCUGGCCGCAGGGCGUCUCUGAGGGAUCUAAGCGGUCUGGACGACAUCGAGGUUCUCAGCGUUCGCCAGCUGAAGGAAAUCCUCGCCAGGAACUUCGUGGACUAUAAAGGCUGCUGUGAGAAAUGGGAGCUGAUGGAGCGGGUGAGCCGGCUGUACCAGGACCAGCAGAACCUGCUCGGUGUGAACCCUCCGAAUGUCUCAGACGGCGGUAGCGGCGGCGGUGGUCUAGAGGAGAACCUGUGUAAGAUCUGCAUGGACUCCCCCAUCGACUGCGUGCUGCUGGAGUGCGGUCACAUGAUCACCUGCACCAAGUGCGGCAAGAGGAUGAGCGAGUGUCCGAUCUGCCGGCAGUACGUCGUCAGGGCGGUCCACGUGUUCCGGUCCUGAACCAGCUGACCCAGGUACACCACAACCAGAUGGUCGGAUGUUAAACUGUAUUCCGCUGCAGAAGAAGAGCGUUGGAGGACUUCCUGUGUAAAUAGUGACCUCAUCAGACCGAUCAGCUUUGACCUUUGAACUCUCCGUGCCUUCAGCUGCUCCGUCGGUUCAAAUGAAACUUUAUCGAGAGGACGACACCAAAGACAGACCUGACCUCUGACCUCUGACCUCUUCACCAACGGCCUUUACACUCCUCCUAAUAAUCAAUAAUCAAUAACCAGCUGACACAAAGACUGUUUGAGUCUUUUUAAACUUUCAGAUCAAUAAAAUUAAUAAAUAAAGUUUUAAUUUAUGAACAUUUUAAAUGUUUAAUCUGCUUCAACUCUGAUUGCACUAAAGAAGAAGAAGAAAAAGAAGAAGCAGGAGAACAAGAAGAAGAAGAAGAAGAAGAAGAAGGAGCAGGAGAAGGAGAAGAAGAAGAAGAAGAAGAAGAAGAAGAAGGAGUAGAAGAAGAAGAAGGAGAAGAAGGAGGAGAAGAAGAAGAAAAGGGUUUUAAAUGGAGGGAAAAUAUUUUGUCCUUUUUUAUUUUGUCGUUUUGUGAUCAAUAAGUUUUGAUUGUUGUGAAUAUUUUUGGUUUUUUUGGGAUCAAACUUUAACUCUGUCUGCAGACGGAGGCAGCGGCCAUCUUGGCCUCCGCGACCGACAGGAAGUCACCACGUUUAAAAUAAAACAUUUAACGUUUAAAAAGAAUCGGAAACUUAGUGAGUUAACGUUUUAUAUCGGCGCUUUAAUAUAAUAAUAUAAAUUACUUCUGCUGCCUUUUAUUUUGGCGCUUUAUGCUGACAUCACAUCCUGCUUUGAGUAUUACCCAAUCAGCACCGAGUCAACCUGAAGCCCCGCCCAGGUGUGUCAGGUGACUCCAGUGUGAUGUCAUCAUUAGGCUGCAGGGUUCGGGUGGUUCUGUCGUCUGUCUGAGCCUCGAUGUCAGUACCGCUACAUUUAUAUAUAUUUAAAUAUAUUUGUAUAUAUUUAAAUAAUAAAAUGAGACUUCCUGUCGCCUGCGGAGGUAACGAUGUCGGCCUCUGUGUCGGCCAUUUUGUCUGCAGUUUGGUGCUUUUGGGCCUGUUUCUGUCAGGUUAGCAUCGUUAGCUGUCUCCACGGAGACCGGAGCUGCUGGAUGCUAACCUGUUAGCCGGUUAGCUUCCUGCUGCUUCAGUCACUUUUAUCUCAUUUUCAUGAUUUUCAUGAAAUGUUUCAGAAAUAUUAAAAACUCUUUUUCUGGGUGAAUUUUUCUGAAUAAUUUUGUAAUAAAACUGAUUUUCUCUGA